AUGCGGCUCAGACUGAUGAUCCUAGCGGCAUUUAUGCUACUGUUCCUGCUCGUCGAAUCCGCCAAAGCUGGCAAACGGCGGAAAAUCAUCAUCCACGUACCGGUCAAAGUGAAGCAACAGAAGCACGUGCACACGGAAGUUAAAACAGUGCAUCACCACCACAAGCCGACAGUGAUCAAGGAGGAAAAGGUCGUGAAGCAGGAGAUCCACAAGCCGGUCGUGAUCAAGGAGGAAGUGGAACACGAGCAUUUCCAUCACCAUUACAAGCACGACCACCCGACGUUCGAAAUCGAUGGCCACGACUCUAACGGGCUGGGCGGGAGUUUGAUCAGCUGA